ACGAACGAACAAACGAACGAACGAACAAACAAACAAACAAACAAGACAAACCGAAAUACUUGCUCACAAGGAUAGGCUUCUUCUUCUCGACACAACAUGGGGCCAACAUAUAUCGGGUAAUGCCGUCAUUGUGGCUACACUGAACACUGUGCGCAAAUCCACUCGAAAUAAACCUUAUUUUAGAAACCGUUAACUUUGUAACGGUUGGUGACAUAACGACUGAAAGACGUCACUAUUUAAGCUCACAGUUUCCAGGUUUUCGCAGAAGAUCCUGUUGACAUAAUCGACGGUUCCAAUCCUAGACAAUUUGAGGCAGCAUUCGACACUCUAGUCUAAGCUUUUAAUGAAGAUAAAUAUUUUCUGAAGUUAACUUUUUGUGGAAGGUAUAAGACGGGUUUAUUUCAAGGGCCGGCAGAAAGUCAAGAAGGAAGUGUCUGACAGUGUGUUUUUGUGACCUAAUCGUCUGACAUCUUUUGGUGUAAAAUGGCAGCGGACCGUUCAACCAUCGAGGGAGCUGCUUUGAGUGCUUCGACAAUUGGCCUACUCUCCUCAGUUAACGUUGUCUUUAUCUUGAUUGGAAUCGUCGGGAACAUUCUCGUUUGUGUUGUCAUAUACAGGAACUCUCACCUUCGGUUUGGGAUGAACUGUUUCAUAGCCAGUCUCUCUAUUGCCGAUCUGCUUGUUUGUAUGGUGUCGCAGCCUACGUACGUACUGAGCCUAAAUGGCUACUCUAACCCGCAGUUUCAAGUCUUCUACUUCGUGCUCACGUCCACUUCACUCUAUGCCUCGUUGAAUAACCUGCUUUGUUUGACUAGUAAUCGCAUGGUUGCCGUGCUCUACCCUUUCCACUACGAGGCUAUGAUAACUCAGGAAAAGAUCCAGAUCACUAUUGGCGUUGUAUGGGCCGUCUCCCUUAUUGAGGGUCUCCUCCGUACCUUCACUGUUUUCAGGGUCGCAACGCCUUACAUACGUCUUGCAUCAAUCCUUGUCUUUAUCAUCAUGUAUCUCAAGAUCUACUUGAUCGCGAGGAAGCAGAGAAACAAGGUCAUCUCACAAGCAGAGUCCCUAACCUACAACUAUCGACUGGCCGCGAUCAAUAAGGUGAACACAACCGCAAAGACGACUGCGAUACUCGCGGGGUCCUUCGUGGUGUCAUUCCUACCCAUCACCAUCGUCUUGAUGGUGAAUACGCCGAGUAAACUAGCAGUGGAGUGGUCCUUCUCACUUAUGUCCUGUGCGUCAGCUAUGAACCCUCUUAUUUACGCAUGGAGAAGCGAAAGCUUCCGGGAUGCUGUACUUAAGUUCCUGGGAUGCAAAAAGAGUACAGUCACAUACUGUGGACCUCCUUGCCGCACCAGGGCAGGCCCUUCAGCUAUAGGCUCCUUCUUUGCAAUAACUCCGAACAAAGUGUCUAUUCCACCGGUUCUUAGAGGUACUGAUUUAAGCACACAACUUUAGUAUGCCUUAAUCGACGGUCAGCAUAACGAGUUUACCGCGAAUAAAUGUAGGAUUUUGUACAAAUGUUGACAAGCUAAUCCACGGAGCAAGUAGGAGCCAAACUAGUUAUAUUUAUGUAUUUUUUUAUAUUGUAUUUUUUGCCAUGAGUUGUAAUAAUAAGGUUUUUCGGGUGCUUUUUAUUUUAAUAGAAAAAAAUAUAUUGGAUUUCCAAAGUACUCUUGAACCAAUGGAGAAAUGGAAACGGUGUUGCUUGAUGAAUGUGUUAGGCUUGUCACGUCUUCGCUUCUUUAUGGCAUUCUCGAGGCUAGAGAUGAGACCAAAGAAACGCAUGUUUGCUUUUAACGACACGAUGCUUGACAAAUAUUUAUUGUUUUUGGUUUUUUUCGUCAAAAGUGCGACGGUAAAUUGUCAAUGCGCGCUUCUUAUUAAGAUGAAAACCCUAAUUUGAUAUGAAUGAGAAUAUUGAUAAUAGGAAAACAAGAUACUCCCCUUUGUGUAUGUGUAUUCUGUUAUUCCUUUGAAACGGAAAUAAAUAAAGCUGAUUUGCUUAGCCGAGCGCGUCUGUAAAAAUAUACACCUGGUCAAAAAAAAUGUCUGCAAAUAGCGAAAGCUCCUUUUAAGACCGAAAGAUUCUUAUAAAUGAACUCCAGCGAUGCCAGAGCUACACAUCGAUAGUCUUUAAUUAACUAUUCUAUGAUUGAUCCAUGUUCUCCUUCACUCGAUUGAAAUAUAAUGAGAUGCAUGGAGCCGAUCGGUCGUAGAACUGCCAUUUGCCGCUUGCACGGUGAACAUUUCUUGAAAUAGGUGUGUAACAUGACAGACACGUAAAAUACCAUUAGUGGUUUAUUAAUUUAAAGGAAAAGAAUGAUAGAAAAUGUCAUAAAAAACACGGUCUGCUAGUGACGUUUUAUUAAUAUGUCUUAACCGAUUAUGCGAUUUCAGCGAUUAAACGAUUAUAAGAUUUCCGCGGACCAAAAAAAAAAAGGAGCAUGUUUAGAGCAAUGUUUAGAGAAAUAAGGUCACACCUCUACUAUUUAUUAAGUUGUCGGAUGAUUACUUAUGUUUAUAUGCUAUAUAUUAUUUUUGAGCAAUAAAAUGUAUCUUUUUAUAACGUA